AUGGAAAAUCAUGGUAAGGCGUUCUGGAAAAAUGAUGAAAAUGAUAAAGAUGAUAAAGAUGAUAAUGCAAGAGAUUUGAUCAUCGCCUUUGAUCUGCCAGAACCAGAAACAGUGCCAGGGAUAUAUUGGUGGAUUAGUCUGAACGAUGAAAAGGGCACCUCCUUGUGUGUGGGCGAUGAAUCAACACUCGGAGGAGAUCACGGUCGUUGUCUCCAAAUAUAG